AUGGCCCAGCUGUUGUACCUGCAGACGCUCUCCGAGACCAGCGCCACUGGAGCACAGAUCAACUUCUGGUCUGAGCCGAAUCGUCUCAACUCUUCAGUCGAUUUCAUGGUCGCCCCAGAGUACGAAACAGAAAUCAAGGCCAUCCUUAAGAAGCAGAACAUGGAGACGGAAACGCUGAUCAAUGACGUCGGCAGGAUUUUAGGAAAGCAGAAAGAGGGCGACGGCUCGUCGUUGCUGUACUUGGCGCCCAACGAGACUUCCUUCUUUCAGAAGUACCAGCCAUUGUCUAAUAUUUACCAGUAUAUUGAAGAAAUAUCUCGACAACACCCGGACUUGUGUUCUCUGGAAACAAUUGGCAAGACUUCGGAGGGUCGUGUCAUGAAAAUCAUCAAAGUUGGCUACAGCAACAGCAGUAAACCGAACAAACCCAUCGUUUGGAUCGAUGCUGGAAUUCAUGCUCGCGAAUGGAUUGCACCGGCUACGGCAAUAUACAUCAUCAACAAGCUGGUCAAUAAUGAAGAUGACAAUGACAUUGUCGAUCUUCUGCACGAAUUCGACUUUCACAUUUUACCCUCUGCAAAUCCCGACGGUUACGAGUACUCGAGAAAUUUUGAUCGGUUCUGGCGAAAAACUCGAUCCCGAAACCGCAACUCACUACUUGGCAGUUUGUUCUGCAUCGGCGUCGAUCCUAACAGAAACUACGGUUGGCAGUGGAAGAAGGCAGGCAGUAGCAACAAUCCCUGCUCCAACACCUACCAUGGUCCAUUUCCCUUCUCAGAGCCAGAGACAAAGGCCAUCGGCGAACACGUGCUCAAGCACAAAGACAGAGUCAAGCUGUUUGUCUCGCUGCAUUCCUAUUCACAGUUAAUUCUCACACCAUGGGGAUGGACUAAAGACCUACCGAAAGCGUAUCCAGACUUAAUGAGAGUAGCGCAGAUUGGAAGUCGCGCCAUCAAGAUGCGCUACGGCACUGAAUACGAAUACGGCACCAGCCCUUCAAUCCUCUACUGGGCCCACGGAGCAGCUGAAAUCAAAUACGCGUACACCUUUGAGCUGCGAGACAAGGGAAGCUACGGCUUCCUGCUACCUGCUCGAUUUAUCAAGCCAACGGGAGAGGAGACGGUCGAUGCACUAGUUGCCAUGCUCACGGAGAUUAAAAAGGAAAUUGCUUAA